AUGGAGGGACAAAAGGGUCUGGGAGACGUGGUCCGAAGAAGAGAGGAGAGGAGGCUGAGGCGGAAGCUUCUGCUCCAUUUUACUGAGACUUCUGGGCUGCACCUCAGCCAAGAGUUCACACAGAAGUACCCCCUGGAUUCCCCACACGGCGACUCUCAGGUGAUCCUCUCUGGAAUCAUAGGAUUAACAACUUGGAAACGGCCUAUGAUACUGCUGGUGAACCUCUUUGUGCUGCUCUCUGUGGUGUGUGUCCUCUUAAAUCUAGCUGGAUUUAUUCUCGGCUGCCAAGGGGCCCAGUUUGUGUCCAGCGUGCCCCGGUGUGAUCUGGUGGACUUAGGCGAAGGCAAGAUUUGCUUCUGUUGUGAAGAAUUUCAACCAGCCAAAUGCACAGACAAAGAAAAUGCCUUGAAACUCUUUCCGGUUCAGCCUUGUAAUGCUGUUCACCUGCUACUCAAGAAAGUUCUUUUCGCCCUGUGUGCCUUGAACGCCCUGACCACCACCGUCUGCUUGGUGGCAGCUGCCCUUCGCUACCUCCAGAUAUUUGCAGCCCGAAGAUCCUGCAUCGAUGAGUCCCAGAUUUCUGUCGAAGAGGUGGAAGAACAUGGACGGAUCCCAGACCCCGAUGAUUUCGUGCCGCCAGUGCCCCCGCCUUCAUACUUCGCCACAUUUUACUCGUGUACACCCCGGAUGAACCGCAGGAUCGUCGGUCCUGAUGUUAUUCCACUCCCACAUAUCUACGGAGCGCGAAUCAAAGGUGUGGAAGUGUUCUGUCCUUUGGACCCCCCGCCUCCCUAUGAGGCUGUGGUGAGCCAGACGGACCAGGAGCAGGGAUCUUCAUUCCACAUGCCAGAAGGAUCAGAAGGUGCCAUGAGCCCCUUGGAGCCAAUCUGCAUGCCAGUGACUCAAGGUGGGGACAGUCCUAACAUACCUGGAGAAGAAAGUGGAUCCGUGUCAGCGCCCGAUGCAAACCAGCUGCGUCCUGCGGGAAGCCGGAGAGCCCCGCCGCAGCUGAGGGCGAGAUCCAGGAGCGACCCUGUGCUCCAUCAUUCCGCGGAGAGAGCUGCCCCGGUGCUCAGCUGUGAAGCUGCCACGCAGACAGAGGGAAGACCGCAGCUGGCCACGGUGACUUUGAGGAGAGGUCUGAGAUGCAGAGCCUCACGAUGCCGGCCUCGGUCCCUGAUAGAUUACAAGUCCUACAUGGACACCAAGCUGCUGGUGGCCAGGUUCCUGGAGCAGUCCUCCUGCAGUAUGACCCCGGACAUCCAUGAGCUCGUCGAGAACAUUAAAUCUGUUCUGAAGUCUGACGAGGAGCACAUGGAGGAGGCCAUCACGAGUGCCAGUUUCCUCGAACAGAUCAUGGCCCCGUUGCAGCCCAGCACUUCCAGGGCCCACGUGCCACCCUCCCGGAGACAGCCUGGACUCUUGCACCUGCAGAGCUGCGGGGACCUCAGCACCUUCGUCCCGGCGGGGAGGCCGAGAGCCCAGAGGAGGCCCCGGCGAGCCGAGGCCGAGCGGCCCCACAGCCUCAUCGGCGUCAUCCGGGAGACUGUCCUGUGA